AACAUGCGCAAGGAGACAACAUAAAAUAGGCGAAUCAAUUUCUCAAACUCCUUACAAGCGCCGGAAGCUCUUCUUCCUGACUGAGUCCACAGUUCGGCUACACCUUCACGUCCUCUCAGAAUGAGUCUGGAAUCCUCCGUUGUACUCAGGGACCAGAAACAUGCAGGGCUUGCUGUGUCGACCAAGGAUGUUGACACUGGUGCUCAGCUCGUCGCUGGGUUAACUUCAACUCUUGAUCCUGAAGAGGCUUUGAGAAUAAGGAGGAAGAUCGAUAGACAUAUCAUGCCUCUGAUGUGUGUUCUUUACUGGGUUCAAUUCAUGGACAAGACAACUUUGGGUUCUGCUGCUAUCCUUGGAAUUCAGCAGGCCACGCACCUGACUACAAAUGAGUACAAUUGGCUUGGCACAGCAUUCUAUCUCAGUUAUCUUGUCUUCGAGUAUCCUCAGAACCUUGCGCUUCAAAGAUUCCCGGUCGGGAAGUGGAUGAGUAUCAAUAUAUUCGUCUGGGCAGUUGCACUUGCGUCUCAUGCAGCAUGCAAAAACUUUGCUGGACUUCUUGUUGUGCGCUUGUUGCUUGGCGUAUGUGAGGGGUCGAUCACUGCCGGAUUCUUGAUCGUUAGCUCCAUGUUCUACACGCGGAAUGAACAGACGCUACGGGUUGGCUAUUGGUUUCUGAUGAAUGGCACUGCACAAAUCAUCUCCGGUUUCAUCAGCUUCGGUACUUUGCACAUCAAUACCAAAGGAUUUGAACCAUGGCAAUGGCUCAUGAUUAUCACCGGUUUAAUGACAUUGAUCCUUGCCAUUUCAUUCUGGUUCUUGUUCCCCGACUCGCCUACGAACGCCUGGUUCCUUACUCCCGAUGAGAGGGCGAAAGCCGUGCAACGCAUCAAGGAAAAUCAAACAGGUGUAGAAAACAAACACUUCAAGAUGGAACAGUUGAUCGAAGCCCUGACUGACCCUAAGACAUGGCUAUUCGCCCUCUUCUCGGCUUUGGACAAUGUGCCUAACUCACUGACGAACCAGCAAACGCUCAUCCUUGCUUCGUUCGGAUUCAGCGCUCUACAGACCACUCUAUUGUCUUGUGUUCCUGGUAUCAUUGAAAUAUUGACAAUUUUCACUGGUGUUCGGCUUGCUGCACGACGGCCCAAUUCCAGAGCCUAUGUCGGUGCUAUAUACUUCGUCCCGGCGUGGUUGGGCAUCUUGCUUGUAAACCUACUUCCUUGGUCGGAUCAGGUUGGACUUCUCAUCAGCCAGUUCCUGACUGGGGUCAGUGUGCCUGGAUUCGUGCUGGCGUUGUCGUGGCUUAAUAGCGUGACUGCUGGCCAUACGAAGAAGGUUGCUACUAACGCCAUCAUGCUCUCGGCUUAUUGCAUUGGUAAUGCAGCUGGUCCCUUCAUGUGGAAGACACAAUACAAGCCGCGUAACCACGUCCCAUGGGCUGUGAUCGGCGCAUGCUACGUUGUUUGUCCGAUACUUCUCCUUGUCAUCCGUGCCGUUCUCGUCCGAGAGAACCGAAUCCGCGACGCAGAACCUGUUGACGAUAACGAAGAAGAAUACGUUAUCGAGAGAAUCACUGAGGACGGGAAGCAUGUAGAUGUUAAGGUCGACAAGGAAUUCCUGGAUCUAACGGAUAGGCAAAACAGGGACUUCAGAUACGUUUUGUAACACUAAGCAUGCCUGAUCCCGUUCUGCACAUAUGUGUUACUACAAGUCGCACGUUUUCUUAUUCGUAUUGCCAGAUCUCAUUGAUGACACGACCUAGGUGGUAUUAUGAUAUGUACAUAUCAAUUACAGGACUACACCCUCCUCCAAUUCCACGUAUGUGUCUACCUGGAACGA